CGUUUGUGGUUUGUGUGUACAACUGUCGGAAGUGUUGUGUCGUUGUGUGUUGUCGUACCAACCUAAAUGCAUUUUUUCUGGGGGACUGUUAGCGGUGUGCUAACUAUGUUGGUUGGCUUCUUUGCAUUCGCACAUGUUGGGAUAUGUUGCCAUUCUUGAAAGACUGCGAUACCUUCAAUGAUAGCACUUGGAAUCUCACGCAAGACCGGGGUACAAUUAUAGAGCUCCAAACGCGAGUGCAAGACUUUCGGAACAUCAUUCUGUUGGUUCUGUCACCUCGUCCACGUCAGUGCAGUUGUGCAGCAUCAUAUGACCGUGCCGUGGCAAAUUGUUCUCAAAUUUGUUUUACGUGUGCGUAACACAUAUUCAUCAUGGAAGAGGGAAUAUUUCCGACGGGCUAUCACAAACACCUCGUCAACCUCUUCGAGAAAUAUGCAAUGAGCAUUGGAGCUUCAGACUUCAGCGUAAAUAUUCGCGUGCAUCUUACUAACUUGGAAGCUUAUUUUAAGAUAAGGGAUAUCAACGUUUCAUCAUCAUGCACAGCAGACGGUGAUGCGGACUGUUGGAUUUUUUCCAAUUUCACUCCCUGGAACGAAAAAUUGAGUGUCAUUGGCUGUGAGCUUAUCGAAGACAACCCAGGUCACCUGACCCUGCAGUCACUAAGACGUAGUCAGCCUUUCCACCGUGAACCAUCUAGUCAGGAGGUCGUCCUUGAAGCUUGCAUUUUAUUCCACUGGCUUUUGAAGCAUCACGAGUGCAUUGGUGCAGUUAAUGUGUACCAUCAUGAAAGCACAUUCAAGUACGCGUUUCUGUAUUAUGACGCACUGUCAGAGAGCAGGGGUGUCGACAGUCUUGUCGUGUAUUCAUGCUUUCCUGAUGAGCAUCAUGGGAGUCAGCUUGCAUUGGCCUGUGGAACCAUGUCGCUACUUGAAAGGCUCGAACUUCAAGACAUGAAUGAUGACCAUGAAUUAGGGAUUAUCUGUACUAUCAGUGGCACAACUUUGAUACCAGAAGCCGAAAGUUUUUGGACAGAAUUUUUAGAUAAUCUACAUGACUGCACAAACCUCAGAUACCUCAAGCUUGACAUCGAGGAUAUCGGCUCUAUAACACACCUCACUACUGUAUUGCGGAAUAACAGAAAACUGGAGGACCUUUACAUUGGCAAGUUUGAGCUCUGGAGCACAGAGCUAUGUCAGCUUGCAGAGACGCUUUCUGCGGAGCCAUUGUUACAGCUGCAGAAAUUGGAACUUGCAUGUCGCUUUGACGAAUCUGAACUACCUGAUUUCAUGGAGGCACUGAAGAAACACCGUGCAUUGACUUUUCUCAAGUUCUCUGUCAGUGACGUUAAUGUUGAGUCUGUCUUUGGUUGCACUCAGGGAAUUGUAAAUCUUCAAGAGCUGAGGCUUUAUUGCGGCUCCGUCGAUGAUGACAGAGCACUGUGUUUGGCUAAUUUUAUGCGGACAGGUUCCUCCUUAAAAGAAGUUCAUCUUGAGUAUACUAAACUGCUACAAGAGCAAAUCAAGACCCUUUUCACAGCUUUAGCAGAUGCUCCACAUGCAUUGCCACACAUAUAUUGCCACAUAUACCUUGGGAACAUCAAUUUCGACACUUCCGAUGCGUGGCAUUUGCCCUCGGUGCAUGCAAUGCGUGAUAUGGGUGGCCGCGUUCGGAUAUAUUACGACGGAAUAAUUUGUUCCCGUUUGUCAGCGCUGCUAAAGACAAACGAUUACUUCUUCAAGGAGAUCACAAUCAACUGGAGUCCAAGUUCAACCUCUGAAGAAUUUGAAGAACUCUUCGUGGCACUCAAGAGCAACACAACUGUAACGCAACUCAGCGUGGAACCCGACCCAGUAACGGACCAGUUAAUGCGUGACCUCGCGGAACUUCUUCACGUUAAUCGCACGCUUCAGUCUCUGAACUUAGUGAUGGGUCUGCGAGCAUCACAUCUGAAAGUGUUGUUUGACGCUGUUGCGGAGAACCGUGUGUUGUCUAAACUUGCCCUGGGAACAUGCUCUUUCGACCCAAGUGCACGUGCUGCUUUCAGUAACAUGCUGAAAAUGAACAAGGCAUUGACCUUUCUGUCUUACUUCAGGAAAGAGGAACAAGACAAUGAACAAAUAAGCGCGGCCCUAUUGGAGAACCACACUCUGAGAACACUGCAACUUGUGCCUUCUGCUGCUGGCCACAUUGCUUUCAAGUGUGAGGAAAUUCAACGUCGUAAUCAAGCAACGUUCAAUGGAGCGUUGCGGUAUGCCCUGAAGAACUCGACCGACAGGAACCUGGCUGUAUCAUUUGAGCGUGUCUGUCACAGUGGCAACUUUAGUUCACACCUUGCAAAGUUUGCUGGCAUGUCAAAAGAUGAAGCGAGGGAGCGCAUUCAUGCUACCAAGCGAUAUAUUACAUCAAAUUACUUGCUCAUUACUGGCAUUAUAAAGGAAAGGCUACAGUGUGCGAGAAGUGAACCUGGACAAGUGCAGUUUGACACACUGCACGUGGACUGUCUUAUGGAGAUCUUUUCAUACCUUAAACUCUCUGAUGUUUUAAUAUAAUGUUUGCAGAGUGAUGCUAUACUUGUGGACGUGUACCGAUAUUAAUUAUAUUGUUUCGUUCA